CACUGAUUGGCAUUGAUAGGUGGCACUGAUUGGCAUUGAUAGGUGGCACUGACUGGCACUGAUGGGUUACACUGAAAGGCAGCUCAGAUGGGCACUGAUAUGUGGCAUUGAUGUGGCACUGAUGGGCACUUAAAUGUGGCACUGAUGUGGCACUGAUGGGCACUGGCAGGUGGCAUGGAUGAGCACUAGAGCUGGCACUGAUGGACACUGACAGGUGGCGCUGCUGGGGCUACACAGAUCAUCAGGGCACACUGAUCAUCAGUGCUCAGAUGAUCUCUGUCAGCGUGACAGCUCGUGGGGAGAGAAAUGCCGAUAACCGGUAUUUCCCUAUUUACAUGUGAUCAGCUGUG